AGCCAGAAUAGGACAGACUCAUAUACCAUUCUGAUCUGGGUGCAUUUCUUCCGAAGGAAAACUGAAGAGUUUACUAACAAACCCUCCAAGGUCAAAAUGAAUACAGAUAGCGGUGGGUGUGCUCGCAAACGUGCUGCCAUGUCUGUUACGUUAACAUCUGUGAAGAGAGUUCAAAGUUCUCCAAACCUAUUGGCUGCAGGGCGUGAUUCUCAGUCACCAGACCCAGCAUGGAGAUCUUACAGUGAUCGAAUACAAGAGACACUGAAUGGGGAUGCUACAUAUUCCUCUCUUGCAGCAAAAGGUUUCAGAAGUGUUCGACCAAACCUACAAGAAAAAAAAUCUCCAACUCAGGUGCCCCUUCCACCAGCUAGACAAGAGAACUUUCAUAGCUACUUGAUAACCAGUCACACACAGGGUGACCUUUUAGACUUAACAUUAGGUACAAACACACAAACUCCCUCCUGUACAGAGCUUUAUACUAACAGAAAGCUUCUUCCAGGAACUAUGCAUUCUAAUGAUGAUUCUAACCCAACAAUUAUAUAUUCGGAAGAAUCCAACACAACGGUGUCGUACACACGAAAAGUUACUAGCCCAAUACCAGCAGCUUCCAGCAUAAGUCCUACACCAUUUGCUGACAUCAGCACCCCAUUUCUACAAGAGAACUACAUGCAAGAUUCCCAAACUCAGAGAAUGUCUACCUCACAGCUAACGCAUAACCAGGGUGUGGGAAGUACCAUCCCGUUUCGUACUCCACAGUUUUCUAACCCUGUUGAAGUUCCUUCAUUUCUCAAAAAGCCCUGCUCACCACCUCCUCUCCCAGUGCCCGAGGUACACACAGCAUCUCUUUCCAUUCAGAUAGCUCCCCUUUCAGGACGAGAUCCUGAAGGCCACAAACAGCUACCUGAGCUUUCUUCAGAAACUACAAAGAUACCUCUUCAGCAAGAAAGACAAAGAUCUGCAGUUGCUUCGGCCUCUCAGUCCUCAGACCUCCCGAGUGGAAAUCAGCAUUUAACUGCCAAUGUGUUGGAGAGCCAGAUAACAGUGAAUGGCAACUCUGGCGGUGCUGUGAGCCCAAUGAGUUACUACCAAAGGCCGUUUUCCCCUUCCACAUACUCUCUCCCAGGAUCUCUCAACUCCAGCCUUAUCAUGCAGCAUGGCAGAUCCCUUGAUUCCUCAGAGACUUAUUCCCAGCAUGCUCAGUCUCUGGACGGCACCACAGGCAGUUCAAUACCGCUGUACAGAUCCUCUGAGGAAGAGAAGAGGGUGACAGUCAUCAAAGCCCCGCAUUACCCAGGGAUUGGGCCUGUGGACGAAUCUGGAAUCCCGACAGCAAUUAGAACGACGGUCGACCGGCCUAAGGACUGGUACAAGACAAUGUUUAAGCAGAUUCACAUGGUGCACAAGCCAGAUGAUGACAUAGACAUGUACAAUACUCCUUACACAUAUAAUGCAGGUCUGUACAACGCACCCUACAGUGCUCAGUCACACCCUGCUGCAAAGACCCAGACCUACAGACCUCUUUCCAAGAGCCACUCUGACAAUGGCACCAAUGCCUUUAAGGAAGCGUCCUCCCCAGUGCCUCCCCCACAUGUUCCCCCAAGACCCAGAGAUCAAUCUUCAACAGAAAAGCAUGACUGGGAUCCUCCAGACAGAAAGGUGGAUACCAGAAAAUUUCGGUCUGAGCCAAGGAGUAUUUUUGAAUAUGAGCCUGGGAAAUCAUCAAUUCUGCAACACGAAAGACCAGCUUCCAUAUAUCAGUCCUCCAUAGACAGAAGCCUGGAGAGGCCCAGCAGUUCUGCAAGCUUGGCCAGUGACUUCAGGAAAAGGAGGAAGAGUGAGCCUGCAGUGGGCCCACCCAGAGGCUUGGGGGAUCAGAUUGCAAGCAGGACCAGCCCCAGUAGGGGGGAGCUCCCAGGAUCAAGCACCACCCUGACAAAGUCAUUCAUUAGUUCUUCUCCUUCCUCCCCCUCAAGAGCAAAAGGUGGGGAUGAUAGCAAAAUGUGUCCAUCCCUUUGCAGUUACUCAGGGCUGAACGGCACACCCUCCAGUGAGUUAGAGUACUGUAGUCCUUACAGACAGCAUCUGGAUGUCCCAAGGGACUCACAAAGGGCCAUCACUUUCAAGAAUGGCUGGCAGAUGGCCCGACAAAAUGCAGAGAUCUGGAGCAGCACUGAAGAAUCAGUGUCCCCUAAAAUCAAAUCCCGUAGCUGCGAUGAUCUCCUAAAUGAUGACUGUGACAGCUUUCCUGACCCUCAAACUAAGUCAGAAAGUAUGGGCUCCUUGUUAUGUGAAGAAGAUUCCAAGGACAGCUGCCCCAUGACCUGGGGUUCCUCCUACAGCCAGGAAGGCAGAGCUAAUGGCAGAGCAAGAUUCAGACACAGGGCAGCCCACAACGCCCCAGGAUUCCUAAAAAUGUACAAGAAAAUGCACCGCAUCAACCGGAAAGACUUGAUGAACUCAGAGGUGAUCUGCUCGGUGAAGUCGAGAAUCAUGCAGUAUGAAAAGGAGCAGCAGCACCAGGGCCUGCUGCAUGGGUGGAGCCGCUCCUCCACAGAGGACGUGCCCAGGGAUGUGGUACCCACACGCAUCUCAGAAUUUGAAAAGUUGAUUCAAAAAUCAAAAUCCAUGCCAAAUUUAGGAGACGAAAUGUUAUCUCCUGUAACCCUUGAGCCACCACAAAAUGGCUUGUGUCCCAAGAGGCGAUUUUCCAUUGAGUCUUUGCUGGAGGAAGAAAGUAGACACCCUGCUCAGGCUCAGCAGAGCUACAAGUCCAAAACCCUGGUGCCCAUUCACAUUGAAGUCACCAGCGAUGAGCAGCCAAGAAUGCACAUGGAAUUUUCUGACAGUGACCAGGAUGGAGUUGUGUCUGAUCACAGUGACUAUAUCCAUGUGGAAGGGUCGUCCUUUUGCAGUGAAAGUGAUUUUGAUCACUUUUCAUUCACAUCCUCAGAAAGUUUCUAUGGAUCCAGCCAUCAUCACCACCACCAUCACCAUCACCACCAUCACCGGCACCUCAUCAGCUCCUGCAAAGGCCGGUGCCCAGCCUCCUACACUCGAUUCACCACAAUGUUAAAACAUGAAAGAGCUAAGCAUGAAAGUGUUGAACAGCCUAGAAGACAAGAAAUGGACCCCAGCCUGUCUAAACUUGCAUUUCUAGUCAGCCCUGUGCCUUUCCGGAGAAAAAAAAAUUUGACUCCCAAAAAACAGACUGAAAAGGCAAGAUGUAAAGCAUCUGUAUAUGAGGCUUUGGACUCUGCCCUUAAAGACAUCUGUGACCAAAUCAAAGCUGAAAAGAGAAGAGGAAGUUUGCCAGACAACAGUAUACUGCACCGUCUUAUCAGUGAACUGCUGCCAGAUAUUCCUGAAAGGAACUCAUCCCUUAAAGCUCUGAAAAGGAGCCCCACACACCAGCCUUUCCACCCACUGCCUCCCGAUGGUGCUAUUCAUUGUCCACUGUACCAGAAUGAUUGUGGGAGAAUGCCACACAGUGCCUCUUUCCCCGACGUGGACACAGCCAACAACAGCUACUACCACCAAGACCAUGACAGUGCCCUGAGUCUCCAAGACCGAGAGUCCCCUAGAAGUUACUCGUCCACUUUCACUGACUUGGGGAGAAGUGCAUCAAGGGAAAGAAGAGGAACUCCAGAAAAAGAGAAAUUUCCUGCAAAAGCUGUUUAUGAUUUUAAGGCACAGACAUCUAAGGAGCUGUCAUUUAAGAAAGGUGACACUGUCUACAUCCUCAGGAAAAUCGACCAAAAUUGGUACGAAGGCGAGCACCAUGGAAGAGUGGGCAUUUUUCCAAUCUCAUAUGUAGAGAAACUCACACCUCCCGACAAAGCACAGCCUGCAAGACCACCUCCCCCGGCCCAGCCUGGAGAAAUUGGAGAAGCUAUAGCCAAAUAUAAUUUCAAUGCAGACACAAAUGUGGAACUCUCACUGAGAAAGGGAGAUAGAAUUAUUCUCCUUAAACGAGUUGAUCAAAACUGGUAUGAAGGUAAAAUUCCAGGCACCAACAGACAAGGCAUCUUCCCUGUUUCCUACGUAGAAGUUGUCAAGAAGAAUACAAAAGGUGCUGAGGAUUACCCUGACCCUCCAAUACCCCACAGCUACUCUAGUGAUAGAAUUCACAGCCUAAGUUCCAAUAAGCCACAGCGUCCUGUGUUUACCCAUGAAAACAUUCAAGGUGGGGGGGAACCGUUUCAGGCUCUGUAUAACUAUACUCCUAGGAACGAAGAUGAGCUGGAGCUCAGAGAAAGUGAUGUGAUUGAUGUGAUGGAGAAGUGUGAUGACGGGUGGUUUGUUGGAACCUCAAGAAGAACCAAAUUCUUUGGUACUUUUCCCGGAAACUAUGUCAAGAGGCUGUGAAUCACUCUCCUUAUGUAUGCCGCAUUUCAGCAAAACAUCUGCAUAAACUUGCCUGAAACAUCUGCGCAGGCUCUCGUUGUCAUGCCUUAUCGUUUCUAAUGCACCAUCACCAUCUCCACCUGCUGCCACCAAACCAAACCACCAGCAGAGUAACUGCCGCUGUGAGCCUUGGGGAGACAGGGCACACGCAUCCACAGGGAAGUGCAUCUUCCUGCUUUCUGUCCUAAACUUUGGAAAGUCAAUAUGGGAGAUCAGAACAAAAAGUGUUAUAUUUUAAAAAGAAUAAAAUAGUUGAGAGAAAGAAAACAAAAGAAAGAAAACGUCUCCAAGAGGCUCUGUGGUCUCCUGGCUGUCUUUCAACAUCUGGAAGAUGCUCCUCCCCCAGGCAACCAGAAGAUGGUUUAUUCCAAAAUGCUGUGGUUUGCAUUUUCACAUUCUUAGCUUGGCAGUCUAUUUUCUUUUCACAAGUUUGCCUAGUGUCCUGGUUUACACUGUAUGACAACCGUACUUCAGCUACUGUUUGCCUGCACUUAUAUGUUGUUAUAUGCACAAUGAUAGCAAAACCUAAAGCAAGAGUAGGAAAGUUAAUUUGUAUGGGUGUGAUUUUAUUCAUUGAAUGUACAUGUUCAAAGAAGAGUCUUUUCCUGCAGUUGUUUGUACUUUUUAGAAGUACAGUGAGUGAAUACGAUCCUCUUUGGUAAUUACCAUGAGAAUAAAAAAGGGUUAGGUAGACUACAGAAAAAAACUAUUGUGUUGUAAAGUUGCAUUGCUAUUUUAUAUUAAAAUGGAAUCAUCAGCAUCAUGAACAAUGAGCUCUUAGUGUUUUAUUUAUCUGAUAAAAUUUAAAUAAAGGCAGUGUUAGUGAGAGGUGCAGAAUACUAUUCUGACAUAGACACUUGAAAGUAACCGUAAGCAAUAUUAGUAGAUAAGAUUUCACUGUGUGUACACAUGCACAUUUGAGAUUGUAUGAGAACAUAUGAUCCAUGUGACAUGUUGUACAUUUUAUGGAAAUGUAGAAAAACCCUACACAUUAUUUUAGAGGAAUAGAAUACUUCAGAGGCGUCACAAGUAUUAAGGCUGGUUUUAGCAAGGAUUAUGGUCAAUACAAUUAUUUUUACUAUUAUAAUUAUUUUUCUUCUAUGGAACCCUGAAUCCUGGCCACAUUUGAGAAAAGGAAUAUGUUAAGCUUGAUUUUAUUGGUAUAUGUAAAAUAUUUCCUAGGAAUAAAUUGGGCACUUUUUAGAGACUGUUAAAUCAUUCAGGUUAUUUUUUUUUCUGCCCCAAAGUAGAGCCUGAAAGAUUUAAUAGGGUUAACAGUGCCUAAAUUGUGUAUACUCUGAAAACUAGCUUUGUAUUUCUUAUGAAUUUUCAUAAGAACUGUUCUUCUUUGGAUCUUGAGCACCUUAUAGAUAAAACUUUUUAUGGCAUUUCUUCAUGGACACCGAUUGAUCUUUUCACAAUAUGUAGGCUGUAGAAUUUGUACAUACGUGUGUUCUUUUUUGUACAGACUGUUUAGUAGUUGAGAAAACAGGAGAAAUUCCUAAUUUGAUCUUUAUCCUGCUCUUAGACUAAGCUAAAGCUCUUUCAGAAGAUUAUCCUCCAUGUACCACACAGAUCCCAGGCGCACCUUGUUAGUGUGGUUCUGUUAGGUAUACAAAAGUCUAUGGAUUGAAAAGGCCCUAGCAGCCAAACUGCAAUGUACAUAAAUACUGGUUUCAGAGGAAUUUCACUAGGAAUAAAGUAAAGGAACGUCUUUGGGUAGCUAACCAUGAUUAUUGUCAAGUUCAUGACCAGCUUUGUAUUUAAAAGGCUUUGGGUUUGAAAUUAAGUCAACUGCAUGCAGCUUUGCUGAAAAAAAUGACUAAUUCUCUUUGAUGCCAUUUAUGAGACAAGAUUUCAAAAUCUGUUGCCUGUCAUAUUUAAGAAAAAGUACUGUUUCUACUCUCUGUAUCUGGUUUUAAAAGGAAAACUACUCCUACUUGACUUUCAGGUAAUUGAAUUCUUACAAGCAAAGAUCAUUGUGUUUUUCUUGAGUAGACAGCUAAUAAAUUUUGCUUGGAAAUGUA